AUGUUCGGCGCUACUGAGGCGCCGAAAUGGAUGUCGCCAGAACGCUGCAACGCGAAGUCAUCAACAGUCCACGAGUACCCACAGUCGCACGAUUCAGGUUGCAGCAUUUACGAUCACGUAUCUUCGACACUUGAGAUCAUCUUUCUCUCCACUUCUUGCGCACGUGACCGUCUGUCAUUUCGCAGCCAGGCCAUCCGAGUGGGCAACACCGUUUACGUAUCGGGCACGAGGGGCAUCGACCCACUGACGGGCAAAGUCAUCGCGGGCGGCAUCGCGGAGCAGACGCGACAGGCCCUGCAAAAUCUGACAUGGAUUUUAGAAACCGCACGAGUGACUACAGCAGAUGUGGCAAAGUGUUCGGUGUUCAUCACGAACAAGAACGACUUUGACGUCGUGAAUGAAGAAUACAUGAAAGUUUUCAGCAAGGCGCCACCGGCCAGGACCGUCCUUCAAGUUACGUGGCUGAACGAGGAUUCGCUCGUCGAGAUCGAAGCCAUCGCAGUUGAUACGAAAAAGACGCGUCGCUUCGCGACACUCAAAUCUGGCCUCUACACCAAUCUUAACACUCCCAGCGUGGCCGCUAUCUCUCAACCUCCUCGUUGGCUUGUCUCCGCUCCCAGCUUCCAUCCCCAACAGACGACUUUCUGCGGAGCACCUCUUGAGCAGACGUCCAAGCUUGAAGCAGACCACGCAGACAUGCCAGAAUCGAAAACGGUCAUCAACACUCCCACCGCGCCAGCUGCCAUAGGUCCGUACAGCCACGCUGUUCGUGUGGGCAACACCGUCUACGUGUCGGGCCAGGUUGGUUCCCACCCUGGCACGGGUAAAUUCGACACCGGCAUCGCCGCCCAGACGAGACAGACCCUGGUCAACCUUGGAAACAUACUCAAGGCAAGCGGGAUGAGCCUCGAUAACGUUGUCAAGUGUACGGUCUACCUGGCAUCUAUGGACGACUAUAAGGACAUGAACAAGGUGUACGCUGAAUUUUUUCAUAAGGAUUUCCCGGCAAGAGCAGCAUUCCAGGUGGCAAAAUUACCAGAGAAUUCUCUGGUCGAAAUCGACGCCAUCGCGGUAGUCCUCGCUGCCUAAAACCAAGUCGUCGAUGGUACGUCGCCGUGGAAGCCCACAGAACACUGCCAUAAUAAAAUUUACUAAACCUGUC